AUGGCCAUGUCCAUGAAGUCCAUGAACCUCACCGUGGGCGAGAAGAAGGAGGACUCAGACAUGCAGGUCACUGGCGAGUACAUGACAAACUAUUUGAAAGAGAUGGAUGGCGACGAUUCGCAGUUCAAGGAUAUCAAUGCUGCGGUGGUGCCACUUUCCACAGGAAGCAGCCCUCCACGCCUGCAACCAGCAGAGUCCAUCUUGAAGGCAGAAGAGAUGAACGAGAAGACCGAAGGUGAACAGCGAAGCCACAAUCAAGGCCAAGAUCCGCGAGUACCUGGACCUCACUUUGCCCGAGUGCUAUGUGUGUCUGCCUUCGACUACAUCCUGCCGAAUUUGAUCCCCUUCAAGGGACAGGUCUUGAACAUGAUCAGCGAAUGGGCCUUCAGUCAGACGAAGGAUAUCAUCCCAAACGCACUGAUCGAGAACGUUGAUGCCAGCGUUGUCGUGCAGAAGAAGAUGAAAAACCUCAAUGUUGAGCUAAUUGUCCGAGGAUACUUGUGGGGAAGCAUGGCAGCUGCCUAUGAGAAGGGCGACCGAGAGUUCUGUGGAUUGAAGCUCCCAGAGGGGCUGAUCCGAUUUCAGAAGCUCGACAAGCCGAUCUUCACACCAACCACCAAGGCGGAAGUAGGCCAUGACGAGAACAUGAGCAUGGAGGACAUGGAGAAGCUUCUGGGCAAAGAGCUGGCUCAGAAGGCCAUGGACGCCGCCAUGAAGCUUUUCCAGAGAGGAACUGAGCUCAUGAAGAAACGAGGGCUGAUUCUUUUGGAUACAAAGUACGAGUUCGGGGUGGACGAGAAGGGCGUGAUCCAUGUGAUUGAUGAGGUCAACACACCGGAUUCAUCCAGAAUGUGCACCAUCGAGGAGUACGAAGCCAAAUACCCAAAGAUCGCAGCAGAGAUGAAGAAGGGCGAGUACAAGACGGUGACUGACCUUUUGAAAGCAAAGCCAGAGUUGAAGAUGAAGGAGUUCUCCAAGCAGUAUGUCAGAGAUGCUUUGUUGGACAUGGGCUUUGACCCUACCAAGGACAAGAGCGCACCAAAGCUCAGCGACGAGCAGGUGGUAGAAUGUGCCUUCCGCUAUAUGAAGAUCUAUGAGACUGUGACGGGAAACUCGUUCGAGUUCCCGCCCAAGAUGGCACCAGAAAAGAGGAUUAUCUCCAACCUUCAGAAGGCUGGCAUGAUCCGUGGCUGUUUGGCGAUCAUUUUGGAUGCAGACCAGUCGCAGGCAGAUUCCAUCAAGAAGGAACUGAGCAAAUUCAAGAUUCCAUCUCAGACUGCCACCCUUCCAAAGGACGCUGCAGCUGCUGACAAGCUUAUCGCGGAAUACAACAAGUCCACGGAACCCUUGAUCCUGGUGCAAUGCAGCGACACGCAGUCUGGCGCGUUGUCCUCAAGCUUGCAGGGCACUUUGCAGUUCUCUUUGGUUGCGUUGAUUUGUCCUGCUUGGAAUUAUAUGUCGACUCUUGGCUUGGAGAGGUCGCCCGAGGGACGGUCGACGGUCGAAGGGCGGCCUGUCCGCGCUGCGGUGCAGGUCUUCUUGCGCAAUGGGGUCUUGCAGCUGUUGCCUCAGCGAGUCUUACAGCAGUACAUUGACUUUGAGAAGCAGGGCCAGUACUCGGCUUGCAUCAAGCUUUUGGAGUCUGCUACGCCAGGGAGCCUCAACGUCUUGAGUCCCGCAAGCAUGGUGAGUGGAAAGCCGCUGCUGGUGGAAACCGUUCUUCAGCUCAUUGUCGGCUACUCCGGCCUUUGUUUGAAGAAUCAGCAGGGCGCCAUCGCAGUGAAACUCAUCACACAGGUGCUGGACAAUAUGUCCCUCUCUUUGCGAGACUUGCACCCUGGACAUCGCACCGUGCUAGAGGCUGGCAGUGCAGACACCGCCCUGAGUGUGUGCUACUACAUGCCCAAUGAUGUGACUUUGGCGGACCGAUCUCAGUCCUUUUUCCAGCAGGCAUCGGAGCGCUACUUGCGCUUGGGGCACAUCAACAGAUACUGCAAGUGCUGCCUCCGUGCUGCUGCAGUACUACACUUGCAAGGAAGCAAGUCUGAGGCGGAGUACUACACACAACAGGCUCUCAACAAGUUGAGUGAUGCACCAGUCUCCUCUUUACUGGCAGUUUGCUAUCACAACCUGGCUGUUCACACUGCGGUCCAGCACCGCAUUGCAGAUGCAGUCGCGCAUGUGAGGUGCCCUUCGCUUGUUGUCACAGUACAUUCCACUGUAUUGGCUUGAGACCAAGAUGUGUUUGUAUCAUAGUUCCAUGUGGUUCCUGUGUGUAUGUAUAGAUAUAUACCUUGUUCUAGGGGGUCUCCCUCAUUUCACAUGUUUACAAGCUCCCUGAAUACUCAAGCCUCAGCUUGCAGAUGUCAAGAUGUGUAUACACCAGAUGGGGAGCUAAGCUCAAUACUGUAGAAAGGUGUGCAAAACGUC